CGCGCGGGUCAAAGGUCGCGCGGAGCUACCGACGGUUCGCCUGCAAGGGAGCGCCUGCUUGUUUUUCCACAAAAAAAAGGCGGCUAACUACCAGCGGGACGGAGACAUGGCGCGUCUGGUGGCCGUAUGCAGGGACGGAGAGGAGGAUUUCCCAUUCCUCGCCAGGCAGAUCCCUCUGUACAUCGACGACACACUCACGAUGGUGAUGGAAUUUUCUGACAAUAUGCUGAAUCUUGAAAGUCAUCAGAUAAACAGUUCACAGAUGAAAGAAUUCAUACAGUUUCACAGUAUGCUGAAGCAGCAGGAUGUCAGCAUUGCUAUGAUGGUGACUUCACGCGAGGUGUUCAGCGCGCUCUCCCAGGUGGUGCCUUGCGUAGGCUGCCGGCGCAGUGUCGAGCGCCUCUUUUCCCAGCUGGUGGAGUCUGGAAACCCAGCCCUGGAGCCCCUGGCUGUUGGCUCUACCGGCGUACUGUCAGUUACCAGGGCCUGCAUGGCGGAUGCCGAGAUGCUGUACACGCUGUUCUACGUGCAUGGGUCAAAGUUAAAUGAUAUGAUCGACGCAAUUCCAAAAAGCAAAAAGAACAAACGCUGCCAGCUGCACUCCUUAGAUACACACAAGCCGAAGCCUUUGGGUGGAAGCUGGAUGGAUGUGUGGGAACUCAUGUCUCAGGAAUGCCGUGAUGAAGUCGUCUUGAUUGACAGCACCUGUCUCUUAGAAACUCUGGAGACAUACUUGCGGAAACAUCGGUUUUGCACUGAUUGCAAAAACAAGGUGCUAAGGGCCUACAACAUUCUUAUUGGCGAACUGGACUGCAGCAAGGAGAAGGGCUACUGUGCGGCCUUAUACGAGGGCCUGCGCUGCUGCCCCCAUGAGCACCACAUCCACGUGUGCUGUGAGACAGACUUCAUCGCCCAUCUCCUGGGCAGAGCUGAGCCCGAGUUUGCUGGAGGGUAUGAGCGCAGAGAGAGGCAUGCGAAAACCAUUGAUAUCGCUCAAGAAGAAGUCCUCACGUGUUUGGGUAUCCACCUGUAUGAGCGCUUGCACAGAAUCUGGCAGAAAUUGCGGGCUGAGGAGCAGACAUGGCAGAUGCUGUUCUAUCUCGGCGUUGAUGCCUUAAGGAAGAGCUUUGAGAUGGCAGUGGAGAAGGUACAGGGGAUCAGUCGGCUGGAGCAGCUCUGUGAGGAGCUCUCUGAAGAGGAGCGCGUGAGGGAGCUGAAACAGGAGAAGAAGAGGCAGAAGCGCAAGAACCGGCGCAAGAACAAAUGCAGUUUCGACAUGCCCGAGCAAGACAUCGAGGACAAGGAGAAGGGCUUGGAUGAGGGUUCUUUUGAGGCCAUGGAGGGUGGCUGUGAAGCCUGCGGUAGUUCAGAGGACUCCGUCGCCUGCGUGGAGGUCAUCGUCACCAACGAGGCCACAUCCUGCAGCUGCCCCGACAGGGAAAUGCUGGGAUCCCCAAAGGCCAAGAAAGGCCAGUCGCCCCACAGCCACGGCAGCGAUUGCGGGUACUCCUCCAGCAUGGAGGGCAGUGAGACGGGCUCUCCGGAAGGCUCCGACGUGGCCUGCACCGAGGGCAUCUGCAACCAUGACGAAACAGAAGUUGAUUACUCUUGCGGCCAUCGCUGCAGUGUGGACAAGGAGGAGGACGGCAUCGACAGCUGUGUAGAGUGCUGGGCCAACGCUGAGGAGAACACUAAGGGCAAGAGCAAGAAAAAGAAAAAGAGCAAAGGCAUAUCUGGCGAGCAGGGUCAUAAAGCCAGUGGCGGCUAUGGAAACACGGAAAAGGCGCUUGGUGCAUCGAUGGCGUGCAGGACCAAAGACACGUGUGUGACACUCUGCUGCGACGCUCUGACCAGUGCCGCCCUCCGGCUGCCGUGGGCCGAGCACCGGAAGACCAAGAACUACUUUCCAGGAUCCCCAGAAGUAAACCCAUGUGUGCACUGGGACAGGAGUGUAAAAACACUAAUGGAACUCCUUGACGAGUCAGAAGUAACUUCAGAUGAGGAGAACUGUCUAACGCAAGACGAGAUCCGGUCAUUUCUCGAUAACAACAAGUCCUUCUACAGUAACAGAGAUCAGUACCGACAGCACCUGAAAGAUAAAUUUACCAAGUACUGCCACUCAAGUGUGCAGAAGAAGCCAGUCUGCAGUGGGGAGUGGCUGACCGUUACGGGAGUCAACUAACUGUCUCCACACACUGCGCCCCCUGCUGUCUUUUUAAGGAGAUGCUGAGCAUUGCGUCGCCUUUCAACUUUCUGAAGUACAUUCGGUGUCUCGUUCAGUGACUUUCUUUUGUAUUUCCUCCUUGAAUCCCCUCCAUUCCUCAUAGACCACGUUUUUGUAUUUAUUUUUGGCAUCACUGUUAGGGCUAGUGGUGGGGAGCACAACUGAUUGUUUGUUUUUCUUUGUUUUUUCUUUUCUUCCUUUCAGGCUUGCAAGCUGUAACGUUUAGGGUAACUGUGGUAGUCUGUCCUCUCUGUUCUCAUUUUGUUUUCUGACUAUGACACUUCAGUUUAGUGGCAAUGUUGUACCAAUAAAUGUGUACAGAAAUGAAAUUAUCUGAAUAUAAAGAUUUUACAAAGCAUCCAUUUAUAAAGAGGUUUAGAUGUAAUGUUAAGAUGCGCAAAAUUUACAAAAUAAAGAAUAUUUAUUAAUAUG